AUGUAUGGCUCUUAUACAGCAGAGCAAUCCGCUGGUUCAGUCGCUACAUCCAGUAGCACUAGUACCACAUGGUCGAAUCCAGCUACCACCAUGACAUCAAUGUACGCAUCUUCUGCUGGACCGUUACCUAUAGCAUAUCCGUCAGCGUUCGAUCCAGGACCGAGCUCCUCUGUUUACUCACAGCCUCCUAUGUUCCCGUUCGCACCAUAUUCCACGAUGCACAUGUCUUUCGAUUAUCCACAGAUCUUCAUGCACAAAUCUGCUAUGCAGAUGCAUGCGAGGGACCUCGCAGGCCGAUCUGAAGUGAAACCCCACCAGUGCCAGCAGUGUCUGAAGUCCUUCAGCAGCAACCAUCAGCUGGUGCAACACAUCAGGGUACACACUGGAGAGAAGCCCUACAAAUGUUCCUAUUGCGAUCGUCGAUUCAAACAGCUGAGUCACGUUCAGCAACACACAAGACUUCAUACUGCUCUAGCGAUAGCUCUAGCGACAGCUCUAGCGACAGAUCUAGCGACAGCUCUAGCGACAGCUCUAGCGACAGCUCUAGCGACAGCUCUAGCGAUAGCUCUAGCGACAGCUCUAGCGACAGCUCAAUGUAUUGGUCGUUUGCAGCAACACGCAGCUUUGAUUGGAGGACCCAAUGCAACGUCUUGUCCAUUGUGCCACAAAAUGUUCUUAGGAGGCGAAGCACUGAUGGAACAUAUGAAACAUACUCAUAAAGAUCCUAACGCCUCAGGAGUAGCAAGUAACAAUGGACUCCACCAACAAUACAACGUUGAAGACCAACUCCAUACGGCGAAUCGAAUGGCGGUGCUAGCGAACAUGGUCGGACAAGGCGGAGUGCCUCCUGGCAUAGGUUCGGAUCCCCAAGCUGCCGCAAACAUAACUGCUGCCAAUCUUGCCAACUUAGCGAUGCGACUAGGGGUGACACAGGUAAAUAAUUGA